AUGCACGAAGAUCUACGCAGACGAGCUCUCGAGAGCAGCAAAACCGUCUCGAAGAAGGCUCGAUCGAGGCAGUCCUCACGAACGACCUCUGCUGUGAAUUCGCGCCCAAACUCGCGUCCCACUUCAAGAGCACAAAGCAGAAACGGCUCAGAUGAUGAAGAUGGAGGAGGGAACCUUAGCGAUGAGACUUCCUUCAGCAUCAACUCAAUAGAUGAACUCCUCGCAAGCGACGACUUCAACGAACAAGCAGCUGAGCCUCAGAGGCAGGAGCUGAAAGAUCGAAUUGAGGAGCUGUGUGAACGCAAGGGCAGCAGCUACAAGGGUCGAGAGGACAGCCUAGCUGCUUUCGUACGAAUUCUCACUGCACAUCAUCUUGCGGACGAACUCUACGGUCGUGUUGCGGACCUGGUUUCAGCGCUUCUUAGAAGCGUCAAGGCCGAAUCAACAGAGCGAGAAACAAUACUAGCCCUUAAAGCUAUCGCCUUGAUGGUUAUAUCGUUCCAGGACGACAUUAGCUACGAUGGUUUAUCAGCACAGCUUAAACGCACCAUCUGUGACACUCAGUCCCUUUCCACAAAAGCUGCCGCCAUACACAGCCUAGGUACCUGUAUCGCGUUCUGCGGCGCAGGUGACGAUGAGAUCAUGGAAGUCCUGAAUUUUCUCCUCGAGAUUGCAUCCUCCGAUGGAUCAUUCGUUAAUGCGACCGAUGAUGCUGAUACGGUCAUUGCGGCAUUGCAGGAGUAUGGGUUCCUCACAACAUACAUUGAAGAUCUUGAGACCGAGUCAGAGGAUGCUGUGGCCGCCUUCGUUGAUCAACUGGAUAGCGAUAACGUCUACGUGCAGAUAGCGGCAGGAGAGAAUAUAUCUCUUCUCUACGAGAAGAGCUACACUCCAAUGGAAGAGGACGAUACCUUGUCGGAUCUGGAAGAAACAGAGGACAAUUCCUCUUCUGGAGACGAUUCGGGCAAUUCAGACGGUCCGAAGCUGAUCAAACGGUACAACGCUUACCACAACACGUACGAGAUCCUCGAAAAGGUCCAAGCACUGGCAUCGUUGAGCUCUCGCAAGCUUAGCAAGCACGAAAAGAAACAGCUUCAUCAGUCGUUUGCAAGCAUUCAGAUCACAGUUGAGAACCCCAGAUUGGGCCUGCAAACUAACAAUGCUUCACGAAUGACUGUUCGUAUCCAUCAGGAAGGCGAGAUGAAAGUGGACAAGUGGUGGAAAUUGAUGCGACUCAAUGCGCUGAGACGGCUUCUCCAAGGUGGAUUUGUGAAUCACUACUUCGAGGGCAACAAGCAAGUCCUCGACACUCUACCAUUGAUCAUGAGGGAUGUAAAUGUGAAAGGUCUGAGGAGUCCUGGACAUGACAAAGGCAAGAAGGGUAGAUGGAAGGACAAUCCGAAAAGGGGCAUUCGAGGGUUCAGCGAGGACUAA